UUUUACAUGAUGCAAUUAUAGUCAGGUCCCCCCAACCCCACCACUGUGAUACUUCUCUCCAACUCCCUCUCAAUAUUCAGAGAGAGAGAGAGACGAGGCAAGAGAGAGAAAGGCAGCGGGAAUUGGCGGCCACUCAUCCAAAAGCACUAAUUGACCAAAACAAAGAAAAAUCGCCGUCACUCUCCACCGGAAUCAUAGCAAUGUCAUCUCUACAUCUAACGGUAGAGAGAGAAAGUGAAAGCUAGGUUUCAACGUUACUUUGUUAUUCUGUUUAUUGGUAUAUAUCGCUUUUUAUAAAAGCUAUUCGCUGUUAGAUUGAUCAUACCGUCUUUCUGAGGUGUUAGAGAUAGAGGAGGUGUGUGUGUGUGUGUGAAUGUGUAGAGAGAGAAGCUAGGGUUUUGAAUUUGUAUAGUGGGGCUAUGGAUGAGGCUGUGCUUGAUGAUAUUAUACAGCGGCUUCUUGACGCGAAGAACGGUCGGGUGCAGAAGCAGGUGAAUCUCACAGAGGCCGAGAUUCGACAGCUUUGUAUGGCUUCAAAGGAGAUUUUUCUCAGCCAACCUAAUCUUCUUGAGCUCGAAGCUCCUAUCAAGAUUUGUGGAGAUAUUCAUGGUCAGUAUUCUGAUCUUCUGCGCUUGUUUGAGUAUGGUGGAUAUCCACCAGAUGCAAAUUAUUUGUUUUUGGGGGACUAUGUUGACCGUGGUAAGCAGAGCAUAGAAACAAUAUGCCUUCUGUUGGCAUAUAAGAUAAAAUACAAGGAGAACUUUUUUCUUCUGAGGGGCAACCAUGAAUGUGCUUCUAUCAACCGUAUCUAUGGGUUUUUUGAUGAGUGCAAGAGGAGGUACAAUGUUCGUGUUUGGAAGACAUUCACAGAUUGUUUUAAUUGCCUACCUGUUGCUGCUCUUAUUGAUGAGAAGAUCCUUUGCAUGCACGGGGGAUUGUCCCCUGACUUGAAAAACUUGGAUCAGAUCAGGAAUAUAGCUCGUCCAGUUGAUGUGCCAGAUCAGGGUCUUCUCUGUGACCUGCUAUGGGCUGAUCCUGAUAAAGAUACUGAAGGAUGGGGAGAGAAUGACAGGGGUGUGUCAUGGACGUUUGGAGCCGACAAGGUCGCUGAAUUCCUCCAGAGGCAUGACCUUGAUCUCAUCUGCCGAGCUCACCAGGUUGUGGAAGAUGGGUAUGAAUUCUUUGCAAAGCGGCAGCUGGUCACCAUAUUCUCAGCUCCAAAUUACUGUGGAGAGUUUGAUAAUGCCGGUGCGAUGAUGAGUGUGGAUGAUACAUUGACAUGCUCCUUUCAAAUUCUAAAGGCAUCGGAGAAAAAAGGGAAGAUGGGAUUUGGCAGCAACAUGUUGAGACCAGGAACACCACCUCAUAAGGGUGCAAAGGGUUGAAUUAUCUGCACCAGGGAUGAUACUAUGAGCAGAGGAGAAUUGCAGAUGGACUUCGUGUCUGAACUGCUGUCUGUUGAAUCAUUUUGCAUCUUGGGAAUUUGUUAGCACCAAGCAAUGAAGUUUUAAAUCUAUCUUCUUUGGCCCCAAAUGGGUAUGUGAGGGUUAACUUACUGCAAUGCUCAUAACACACGAGCUGGAGUUGUGUGUUAUCCGUGCAAUGCAGGUUUUUAAUUGUGUAAAAUGGAAAUGAACUUUACAUUGUACUGAAUUAUCGAUGUGCGCUGUUUUUUCUUAUGGCAAAUACUUAAUUCUGUUUGCAUCACCGGGGCGGAGUUCUUCAGUGCUAAUAUGUCAUCAUUUAAGAUUGUUAACUUAUCCUUUUUCUUUUCAAAUGAUCCUUU